GGGGCUGGCUGCAGAACGGCGGCGGCGGGGGAGGCCGGGAUAUUCCUGAAUGAACGGCUCCCUCCCCGCCUCACCCCGCACCCCCGCCCUUCACUCGCCGCCGCCGCUCCGAGGCGCAGCCAGUUUCUAUAGCGACGGCGCCGAUCCUCCGAGUAGUAACAAAGCCGGCUGCCCGCGGCCGUGCCGGGCAGGCGGGGAAAGCGGCUCCCACUCCCCAGGGCACCGGUCGGUUGCGCCCAGUCAGGACAGAGAGAACGGAGAAUAUACCAGCGAUGAAUCAUCUGUUUUCAUUAUCAGUCAUUCAGACAACGUGGUGAUGGAUGGAUAAACAGAUAGAGGCCAGAUAUGUGAGCCAGCUUGGCAGCUGGCAGUUGUUUCCUCUGUGGAUGAGAAUAGACAUUUCCUGUGCUCCCUACAAGUGAAUCUUUGCAAGAACUUCUAUUUCUUGGAAAAUGGGCACCUGGCUCAGAGGAGGUGCAGUACAGAGUCCCUAGCAGAAGCUCAAAAUGGAUGACUUCUGCUGAUGCUUUCUGACAGUUUCAUCUCCUCUUCUCCUGUUUGAGAUGGCUGACAGGAUCAUCGGUAAAGAUUUCUGAAGCAAGCCUGAGUGACGUCGCUUUUCCUUAACUCCUCUUUUCACAAGUCUGCAAACCAUCAGACAAAAUGAGCAGUCCACUACAAGAGGAGUCUGCAGAGCCCCAGAGCUCAGAUGAGCUUGAGUGCAAGAUCUGUUACAACCGCUACAACCUGCGACAGAGAAAACCAAAAGUGCUGGAGUGUUGUCACCGAGUAUGUGCCAAAUGCCUCUGCAAGAUCAUAGACUUUGGCGAUUCUCCUCAAGGAGUCAUUGUUUGCCCAUUUUGCAGGUUUGAAACAUGCCUGCCAGACGAUGAGGUUAGUAGUCUUCCUGACGACAAUAACAUUCUUCUGAAUUUAGCCUGUGGGGGAAAGGGAAAGAAGUGCCUACCAGACAACCCAACGGAACUGCUGCUGACUCCCAAAAGGUUGGCGUCUCUGGUUAGCCCUUCUCACACCUCUUCAAAUUGCUUGGUUAUAACAAUCAUGGAAGUACAAAGAGAGAGUCCCCAGACCCUGAACUCAACGCCCGUGGUGGAAUUUUACAGGCCUACAAGUUUUGACUCUGUUGCAACUGUGUCCCACAACUGGACAGUGUGGAACUGCACAUCUUUGCUCUUCCAGACCUCAAUUCGGGUGCUAGUUUGGUUGCUAGGGUUGCUAUACUUUAGUUCCUUGCCUUUAGGGAUUUACUUACUGGUAUCUAAGAAAGUCACCCUUGGGGUUGUCUUUGUAAGCCUUGUUCCCUCGAGCCUUGUUAUUCUCAUGGUUUAUGGCUUUUGCCAGUGUGUUUGCCAUGAAUUUCUAGACUGCAUGUCUUCUUGACGACAAAUGCAGUGAAAUAAGGUACGUUGCCACAUGUGUAGCAUAGUUGAUUUAGCCUGUCUUUGUAUUCUUAUUUAUUUUUACUAUUGUCCAUCCCACUGAGUGAAAGCAGUGACCCACCUUAUACAGUUCUUUUAAAAAAUUGGUUAUUUAUUGUUUUCUUUUUCUUUUUCUUUGUUUUAAAGUAAUGACAUAAAAUUUCCAUGUUCACUUUAAAGGGCUGGGUUGUGGAAAGAGGUCAUGGAAAACUGCCAAACUUGGUGUCUGCUGCUGUUAUUCAAAAAGUAGCCCCUUGCUUUAUGUUGGCUUGAUACUGCAAUUUGAGGCUGCAGGAUCUGCCCUAGGAGAAGUUAGUAUAAGAGGCACCUUCAAGCAUCUCUUAGUGCAGAGAAUCUCAUGCUCUGUGACAUCUGUUAUUUCUGAUAGCAAAUGAAAUCACUUAGUUAAUGAGAAGAAUAAGGCAAGUUAACAUUUGCUCUUUCCAGUUCUUGUUACCGCAAAAAUAUUUUUUGGAGUGCCCAGUGGUCACAGAUUUUUGGUGUUCUGCAGCAUGAAGAACUUUUCCUCGUGCUAACAACACGUCUCCAAAACACUUUCCCCAUGCAGAAGCCCACUUUGCUUGUCCAGUAGUUGCAGCUUCAUCUCCUGCAGUGGAUUACUUCCAGGGACCUCACCAUGUUUGUUCUCAUCUAGGUGCACUAAAUAAGUGCGUGUAACUCUUAGUUUGCUCUGAGAGUUCAGAGAUCUGCAGACUUCUCUGGCUGUGUUCCAUAAUGUUUACCCUUACUCCAAGCGUUUCCACCACCACACCAUGGUUCCAACCUUUUAGUUGUAACAAACGCACACCUAAAUUCAGCUGCACUGGAAAGUUUCCCCUAUGUGACUUUAGCUGUAAUAACAGGUCUUUUUGCCUACCCAUUAGGACAUGGGCCUUCACCACUGACUACUUCACGUUUCAGAAAAAUUCUCUUAUUAUUCAUAUGUGGUUUUUUUCUGCUUUUUUGAGGGGUUUCGAUUUGGGUUUUUUUUUUUGUUUUGUUUUGUUUUGUUUUGUUUGAUUCCACAGAAUAAGCACUGUGAUAGUACCCUGGGAAGGAUUCUUUUUUGUGCAUUGUCCUUCAAAAUAUUUAAUACUCUGAACUCCCUCUGUCACCAUUAUGAGUUGAUGGCACCCCAGCUGUGGCAAUUAGUGCAACUUGACUAUGUCGAAUUCAGAGGAAUUAGUGGUGAUUUACUGUUCCAUAAACACAAUCAGGCCCUACAAGGUUUGCUUGUACGUAGUGUGGUUGAGGCUGAAUUUUCAGCGACUGGAAGAGCACAAAAAUAAGUAAUGUUUACUAUUUGCGUGUAUAACACAAAGUCUAGUCAACGCCACAGCUGCAACCUGGCUUUCCCAAGCACAGCAGAGUGAAAAAUGAGAAGCAGCAGAUGAUCAGGCGCGAAAUCCAGUAACCUCAAGGCGCCGUGUAAGGGUUGGUUGCAGGAAGGCUGAGUAGAUGGCCUAACAAUAUGUUCUUAGAGCAAAAUGACUUUAGUAAGAGUGAAAAACAUUGACGGGGAAAAGGAGAGAUUAAGUGGUUGUUGUUGUAUCAAGAGGAUCUGAAUUCAAAUCAGUCCAAUUUUUGUAGCUGGUACAGGUAACACCUACGGUUUUGUUCCUAUUGAAAUCGUAGGAAAAAUGUGAAAUGUGAAGGUCCCGCUUUUCUUGACACUCAAGUUUAUAAUAGUGCGUAUAUAUGUGUGUGUAUGUAUAUAUAGACACAUAUGUAAGAAGAAAACCCAUAGCAAAAUUAUAGUUUUCAAGUGUGUGGAGUUGCAGAGCUUUGUAUUGAAUGAUUAAAGGAAAUGUUUCAAACUUCUCUGUAAUCACUGGAUAACAAUCAGAACUCAAACAUUUUCAGAACUCCUAGAAGUGACUAUUCCUAAGUAAUCGUUUUGAUGUUUGUGGUAAAGCAUAUAGAGUUAGAAGAGCUGUAUCCUCCAAUCCCCGUAUACUGCAAGGUUUGACUCAUCUAUAAAUUCAUAAAUUUUCAAUCUCCAACAAUAAUCAUAACAAAAAAAAAAAAGCAAGAAAGAUAGAAAUCUGUGUGGUUUAAUGGUACUUCAUAACUUUGGGAGAAGAUGUAUUUGUAUUGUUAGGGAUUUAUGUGUUUUAGGGUAUGUUCAAUUUGUCUGAAUAUAAUAUCUUUAAUAAAGGGCUGGCUAAUACAGGA